UCAUGUGAUCAGCUGUGUCCAAUCACAGCUGAUCGCAUCCGUCACGCUGACAGAGGAGAGGAGAGGAGAGCCGGUGAUCGGCAUUCCUCGGAGGGGACAUAUACACUGACCAUCAGGGCACUGAUGAUCAGGCCCCAGCAGUGCCACCUGUCAGUGUCCAUCAGUGCCAGCUGUCAGUGCCCAUCUGAGCUGCCUUUCAGUGUCAACCAUCAGUGCCACCUAUCAGUGCUGCCAGUCAGUGCCACCUAUCAGUGCCAGUCAGUGCCGCCUAUCAGUGCCAGUCAGUGCCGCCUAUCAGUGUGCAUCAGUGCCGCC